CAACAGUGGUUAUCUAAAAUUAGCGAAAUUGCUGUUAUACCAGAUGCACCAACAGAACUCAUGGUGGACGAAUGGAUAGCCAACGGUGAUGUGGGGAAACUGGAGCAGUUAGUGCUGGACGGAAGAGGCUACCUUCUUAAGUUAGCGACCUCAAAAAUCAAUGCCAUUCACAAAGCGGUUGAGGAUGGGGACGUACGUCGUGUGAAAUCACUAAUCGACCGUGAGCAACUUGCCUUAGCCAGAGACUCCUACGGUAGGUGA